GGAGCCCGCAAGCCAUUCUCUCCUCGAUUUCCCCGACGCGAGAUCGCCGCAUCUCUCUGGCUCUCUCGGUACCCGGUGGCCAGAGAGGAGGAGGAGGAGGAGGAGGCCAUCUCAUCGGUUUCGCGUGGGUGUGGUGUUUCUGUGGUAUCGAUUUGUCGUUCAAUUAGGUUCGGGGCGGUCGCCAUGGGAUUUGGGAUGGGAAACGAGGCGAGCUCUUCAUCGUCGCGGCUCGACGCCGCGCCGCUGCUGCCACGCCACGGCGGAGGAAGCGGCGAGGUGGGCCUGUCGUCGCAGCCCAAGACGUUCGCGAACGUCUUCAUCGCGGUGGUCGGUGCCGGCGUGCUGGGGCUGCCGUACACCUUCUCGCACACCGGGUGGGCCGCGGGGUCGCUGCUGCUCCUCUCCGUCGCCGCGCUCACCUUCUACUGCAUGAUGCUGCUCGUCGCGUGCCGCCGCCGCCUCACCGACGAGCACCCUAAGAUCGCCUCGUUCGGGGACCUGGGGGACGCCGUCUUCGGCGCGCACGGUCGGUUCGCCGUGGAUGCGAUGCUGGUGCUCAGCCAGGCCAGCUUCUGCAUCGGAUACCUCAUCUUCAUCUCGAACACCAUGGUGCACCUCUACCCGAUCUUCGGGCCGUCCUCCUCCGCCCUCCUCUCCCCCAAGGCGCUCUUCAUCUGGGCCAUGCUUCCGUUCCAGCUCGGGCUCAAUUCCAUCAAGACGCUCACGCUCCUCGCGCCGCUCAGCAUCUUUGCCGACGUCGUCGACCUGGGUGCCAUGGGGGUCGUCCUUGGCCAGGACGUUGCCACCUGGCUCGCCAAGCCCCCGCCCGUGGUGGCCUUCGGCGGCCUGGGCGCACUCCUCUACGGGCUCGGCGUCUCCGUGUACGCCUUCGAGGGCAUCGGCAUGGUACUGCCUCUGGAGGCGGAGGCCGCGGAUAAGAAGAGGUUUGGCGCCACGCUCGCGCUGUCCAUGAUGUUCAUCGCCGCCAUGUACGGCCUGUUCGGCGCCAUGGGGUACGUCGCGUUCGGCGACGCCACGCGGGACAUCAUCACCACUAAUCUCGGUGCCGGAUGGCUGUCGGCUGCCGUGCAGCUGGGGCUGUGCAUCAACCUGUUCUUCACCAUGCCGGUGAUGAUGAACCCAGUGUACGAGGUCGCCGAGCGCCUGCUCCACGGGAAGCGCUACUGCUGGUGGCUCCGGUGGCUUCUCGUCAUCGCUGUCGGGCUCUCCGCCAUGUACGUGCCCAAUUUCACUGACUUCCUGGCUCUCGUGGGGAGCAGCGUCUGCAUCCUCCUCGGGUUCGUGCUGCCGGCCUCGUUCCACCUCAAGGUGUUCGGCACCGAGAUGGGCUGGCCCGGGGUGCUCUCCGAUGUCCUGCUGAUCGUGCUCGGCCUCUCGCUCGCCGUGUUCGGAACGUACACAUCACUGCUGCAAAUCUUCCACUCGUCCAGCGCUUGAUCUCGCCAUCUUUUGCUGUGCGCCAAGCCGCCAAUGAUUAAUUUGUUCGGCGCAUUAGUUCCAGGUGCGUUGGUCGCGCUGUGUACAGAGAAGUGGAUCGGAGGAGGAAAGAACGCCCAUUUCAGCCAUUUGUUGACUUGGACGUGGAUUUUGUGUUGAUCGUCGCAUUCUUCCAGACCAGAUUGCAAUUCACAUGGUAUGUAUGAAUGGCUUGUAUAGCAUGGGAAAAAAUCUGUAUGCUUUUACUACGACAGAUUUCCAUUGUUCCCGGUAGCAAUCUACUAUGUAUGUGUCCUAGAUGUUCCUGCCACAGUGCACGAUGGAUUCGAUGAAAGGACAAAACUCUCAGUUCAUGGGAGCUCUUUUUAUUGUUGAGUGUCUACUUGUUGGUUGCAGUGCUGAUGUCGUCCUGCUAAUUGGCCGGCCAAGCAAUUGUGACGUGUUCGAGUUAUAUGAUUAUAGUCGUCAAAUUGUACUCUUUCAA